UCUGGGAUAAGCUACGAUUUUGUGAUCUCUGCUAGCUUGGCUCGAACCAGUCACCAGUCACCACCCUCCGCGUCCUAUUCUGACUGACUGACACACCAAGCGAUGUGGAUCCCACUCAGUGAGGGACAGCGGGCGAUCGCUCCUCUUUUUCUUUUUCUUUUUUUUUCGGUCUCGCUCCAAGUGGCCCUGGUUCCUGUUCUUUCUCGUUCUCUUCUCCUGGGAAUUCCCCCCUCCUGUAACAUUUCCUUUCCUCAGUUUACUCCGUAGUUGAUUGGCCGACUCCGGUCUCCGUGCAAGCCAUUAAACCUACAGCUGAAAUGCGGGUUGGUUCUUAUUCUAUUUUAAUUUCCUCUUUCUACUCCCACAAAAGGUGAACCUUGCCAAAGCCCCGCUUUCCUCUG